AUGGCAGUAUUCUCGAAACUCCAGGAGGCUCUCGGCCGGAACCGAUCUCGCGCCGAAGAUGAUAUCGUUCCAGCUGAUGAAUCGAUAAACAUCCAGAAUGCGAGAGACGCAGCCGACAUCCCCGAUGAGAAGAUCGUCGAGGAUCUGCCGAGCGAAAAUGUGCAGCACGGCGUCAAGUUGGCCCAGGCCCUCUCCCUGACCUGGGGAAAGCAGUCGUUGAUCGCCAUCUUCAUCUUUAUGUGGUGUGUCUACCUCACAAAUGGCUUCCAGAGUUCGGUCCUUUCCAGCUUGACUCCGUACGCGGCCAGCGAUUUCGAGUCGCACUCCCUCCUCCCCGUCAUCGAUAUCGUUUCGAGCGCCAUGACGGCUUCGGUGUAUAUCCCGUUGGCAAAGAUUCUGGAUCUCUGGGGCAGAGCCGAGGGCUUCCUUCUGAUGGUUCUUUUCGCUACCCUGGGAAUGAUCCUGCUGGCUGGUAGUCAGAAUCUUGCUACCUACUGCGCAGCAACUGUCUUUUGGCAAGUCGGCUGGUCAGGACUUACUUACAGUAUCGAUGUUAUCACGGCCGACUCCACCAAGCUUAAGAACCGAGGCUUCGCCUUUGCCUUUACCUCGUCGCCCUACAUCAUCACCGCCUUCGCGGGACCAAAAGCAGCCGAAAGCUUUCUCGAGAAGAUCAACUGGCGGUGGGGCUUUGGCUGUUUCUCGAUCAUCCUUCCCGUUGUUGCAGCACCUCUGUACGGAGUAUUGAAGUGGAACAUCCAUAAGGCCAAGAAGAGAGGUGUUCUCAUCCGGGAACCCAGUGGAAGAACCUUCGCCCAGAACAUCUGGUGGGGUCUUCUUGAGUUCGAUGUUCUCGGCGUCGUUCUCUUCGCUUGCGGUCUCGUCACAUUCCUCCUACCCUUCUCUCUUGCCAGCACGGCGCCUAACGGCUGGUCAACCGGCUACAUCAUCGCCAUGAUCGUCACCGGCUUCGUCGUCCUCGUACUCUUCCUUCUGAACGAGCUGUUCCUCGCACCUGUGCCUUUCUUCAAGUUCGAGUUCUUCUCUGACCGAACUGUGGUGGGUGUCUGUCUGCUCGACAUCACCUACCAAGUCGCCUACUACUGCUGGAACAGCUACUUCACCUCCUUCCUCCAGGUAGUCAACAACGUUUCGGUCUCUGAGGCCGGGUACAUCAGCAACACCUUUGACGUGGUAUCGGGAGUCCUUCUGUUCUUCGUCGGGUUCUCGAUCUCCAAGACUGGUCGCUUCCUGUGGCUAAUGUUCAUUGCUGUGCCUCUGUACACGUUUGGUCAGGGUUUGAUGAUCUACUUCCGCCAGCCAGGACAGAGCGUCGGAUACCUCGUCAUGUGCCAGAUUUUCACAUCGAUCGGCGGAAGCGUCUUCAUUCUCUGCAUGCAAGUUGCCAUCCUUGCCGCUGUGGACCACCAGCACGUCGCCGCUGCUCUUGCAGUCCUCAGCGUGUGCGGAAACAUUGGCGGAUCGGUGGGCAACACCGUGUCUGCUGCGAUCUGGACCAACACCUUCGAGCAAGCACUUGAACGCUACCUUCCCUCGUCUGCUCUCGACAGCGUGGCAGACAUCUACGCGGAUCUCGACACCCAACUGAGUUUUCCCGUCGGAAGCGAGGAGCGCAUUGCUAUCCAGAAGGCUUACGGAUAUGCGCAGACAAGCCUGCUUGCAGCGGGUACUUCUGUCAUGAUCUUCGGCUUUGUGGCGUUGUUCAUGAUCAAGAACUAUAACCUCAAGAAGAUGACCCAGACUAAGGGUUUGGUAUUCUAA